ACAAAAAGGGCAGGACCUGAGAAAGAUUAAGCUGUAGGCUCCCUGCCCAUAAAACAGGGUGUGAAAGGCAUCUCAGCAGCUGCCCCACCAUGGCUACCUGGGCCCUCCUGCUCCUUGCAGCCACGCUCCUGGGCAACACAGGUCUGGUCUUCUCUUAUCUGAGCCCUGAGUACUAUGACCUGGCAACAGCCCACCUGUGUGACGAGGAGAAAUCCUGCCCACGCCUGGCCCAGGAGAGCCCCCAGGGUGAUCUGUUGACCAAAACACAGGAGCUGAGCUAUGACUGCAGGACCUGUCUGAGGAUAGUCCAGGCACUGAAGGAGAUGGUGAAACAGCCCACCGAGAAAAGCGUUUCCAAAGCUGCAACCCGGGUGUGUAAGAAGCAGAGAUCACGAUGGCGCGACGUCUGCAAACAUUUCAUAACGACGUAUCAGCCUAGAGUUACCCAGGGCCUCGUGGCCGGAAAAACUGCCAAGGAGAUCUGUGUGGACCUCGAGUUGUGCGGACCUUCUAUGGGUCCCCUCUGAGCCCUCUCACCCUGUCCUGUGGAAGAAGCACAGGCUCCUGUCCUCAGAUCCCGGGAACCUCAGCAACCUCUGCCGGCUCCUCGCUUCCUCGGUCCAGAAUCCACUCUCCAGUCUCCCUCCCCUGAUUCCCUCUGCUGUCCUCCCCUCUCAGGAGAAUAAAGUGUCAAGCAAGAUUUUAGCCGCAGCUGCUGCUUCUUCGGUGGAUUUGAGGGGUGGGUGUCAGUGGCAUGCUGGGGUGAGCUGCGUAGUCCUUCAAUAAAUGUCUGUCGUGUGUCCCAUA